UCCUCCCCCCCCACCAUCCUCCGGGUCCAGCCGCUGGGCCAAGAUGGCGGCGCUGAGCAAAUCCAUCCCCCACAACUGCUACGAGAUCGGGCACACCUGGCACCCCCACUGCGGGCGAGCCUUCGUGCACAUCACCCAGGGGGCGUUUGGAGAGUCGCUCCGCAUCUAUGGGACCCUUUACCUGUUCUGCUCACGGGAACCUUUGAUCCAAAGCAUUUGCCACCUGCGGAUGUUUAUUUAUUUAUUUAAGAAAAUAGGACCUCUCUUUCCCUGCCACGUUGAAUGUAACAACCUACCUACCUUUGAUUGUUUCAGGCGAAUACUGGGAAAAUUCUAUUUUUGGUCUCCUGGUUUUGGGGCUGCUCUCCCGGCGUCCUACUUAGCUAUUCUUAUUGAAAGGAAGAGCAGGCGGGGGUUGCUUACAAUUUACAUGGCCAAUUUGGCCACAGAAACACUAUUCCGCAUGGCAGUAUCAAGAGGAAUAAUUACUCCGUUAAGACAUGGAGAGGUAAAACUUUUCCCUCCCUGCAUGUGUGGUAAUAACGGACCGGACCUCAAGUGUGGGCUGGAUGCUGUCUCCACUUCUUCAGAAAAUGAGCAUAUCAG